UAAUGAGAGUAGAAAUAAAAACAAAAGGUGGUAGAUGCAUGAGUAACAACAACUACAAUUACAAUUACAAACACAAUCUCCAUCUCUUUCUCUCUCUUUUUCUACCACAUCCUCUUCUUCCCUUCACCACCUUCCCCUUUUUCAACCAAUCCUUCUUUUCACUCCAAAUUCUUGAUUUUUUAAGCAGAAUUUGACGAGCUAUGGUGAGCAUCCGAAGGCGCAAGCUGUUAGGACUUUGCUCUGGACGAAACGCCUUCUUGGUUCCACUGCCAAAGUUUUCUGACAAUGGACACUUUGCGGAUCGUUUCUUCAACAACAAACCCACUAGUGUCCAUCCAAUGCCGGCAACUGAUAUUGAUGAGUCAAAAGAGAAAAAUGCUAUAAAGGUUGCUCCUGGAUCAUCGAAUAGUCAUGCUUCUGGCUCCUUGAUGGAGCAGACCGCUCAACAAUUUCCAGAAGUUAAACGCAGAAAACGACACAGGAGAAAGCACUUUGAAAACCAAGAACCAUGCCUCAUGAGAGGUGUCUACUUUAAAAAUAUGAAAUGGCAAGCUGCAAUAAAAGUUGAUAAGAAACAAAUCCACUUGGGAACAGUUGGUACUCAAGAAGAAGCUGCUAGACUCUAUGACAGGGCUGCUUUUAUGUGUGGGAGGGAACCGAAUUUUGAACUGUCAGAGGAGGAGAAGCAGGAACUAAGACAAUUCAAAUGGGAUGAAUUUUUAGCAUUUACACGCUCAGCGAUUACUAAUAAGAAAACUCGAAGACGAAGUGGGGCCGGUGCACGGAGGAAAUCCGAGCCUUCAACUUCAGCGCUGAACAGUGAGGAGGAUGAGGAAGACGAGGAGGGAGGGGAACCAGAAAGCAACGGUUUUUCAGCCUCUGAAGAUAUAGAGCACAACAUUUUGUUCUCUUGAUCUCCUCCUCUUCCCUCCAUCUUGUGAAUGCUGGAAAAAAUAGUUCUAUUGAUUCUGUUAAAGCUAGUCAGUCACGUACUUAAAACUCGAUGAUUCUAUCAUUCGUAUAGAUUUACACAAAUAUAGGUGCCCCUAUUAGGGCGGAUGAUGAUAUAAUGUAUUUCUAUUGGCAAUGUAAUUGAGUUUGAUCUCAA